AUGUCGCCUUCUGGUACCAUCGUUUGCUUAGCUCUCCUUCAUUGUCUCACCACAUUAUCAGGUGGUGUUUCUCUUGUCGACAACGAUCCAGGAUUUAGUGCUCUACUGAGUAAAGACAUUUUGGUAAAGCGAGCAGGAUGGACAGAGUUGACCGGCUGGUUGACAAACGUCUCAUCAACCGGCCUCUACAUGUCUGGAACAGGACUGAACCCUUCAAACGGUAGGUACUCACCACCCAAGUCUGGCAUCUACAUGGUGAGUGUCAGUGUGCUAUUGGACAAUGCAUCGCCUUCCUAUAUGAACCUGCUGUUGUCCGUCAACAACGUGCUCAGCACGUAUAACGGCAUGAGUUCUAUAGAAGGCAGACCGUCUGCCUCGAAGUUCACGAUGACCGUUAACGGUGCAAUCGAAAUCUCAACGGGCGACCGCAUAUCCGUCUACCUCUACUCGUCGUCCGACUCGAGCUACACGGUUCUCAACGAAUCAUCAUUUUCCGCUCGUUUUAUCGGCGAGAAAGAAUCGGGGCCCGGAUUUCGUGCCCGCCUGUCCGGCACCCGAUACUACAGAUCGACCGGAUGGAAUGAAUUGAGCGGAUACUACAUAGCGAGGACGGCAGGUUUGUUUACAGAAAGAGACGCUUUCUCGACGUCGACGGGUCGUUUCACGGCUCCGUGUUCGGGCGCUUAUUUUGUUGCCGCCAAUGUGCGUCUCGACUCGGCGAGCGGCGACUACUUUCGCCUUCUUGUCGCCGUUAAUGGCAACACGACGCUGCGCAAUGGACUCCAUGCGAUGCGCGGGAAUCCGACGUACACGUACUACACUAUGAACGUCGCGGGCGUCGUCAGUCUCUCUUCUGGCGACUAUUUGUCCCUUUGGGUGUUUUCCUCCCGCGACACGUACUGGUACACAAGAGCGGAUACCGACUUUUCAGUCGUCUUUCUCAGUGAUUUAUCUCAGUUAUCGACCGGUGUUCAUUCCAGUCUCGGCAAGGAUGUCUCAGUGACGAAAGCCGGUAGCUCGAAUGUUCCCGGAUGGUCGACGACUGGCACUAAAGGCUUGUUUACGAACGACGAUUUCGUUGCUAGCACUGGCCGUUUUACGGCGCCUCGCGAUGGAGCAUACUUUAUAAGCGCGCAAGUUCGCUUAGACAGCGUAGGAGGAAUGGCAAAAGCCUACGUCGCUGUCGACGGUAAGAAAGAACUAACAGGCGUACAGCAAGUCUGGGAGAGCCCACCCAGCAAUUACUUCACACUGACUGCAUCGGGAAUCGUUUGGCUCAAGACAAACCAAGUCGUAACGCCUCGAAUCUCGACAAAAACCGAUAAAAACUUUGUAGUGCAACAAGAAUCGGGCCUCUCCGUUCACUAUCUUUACUCGCACUCGUCGUGGUCGGGUGUUCGCACGCGUUUGAGCAAGACGGUUAGCUCGACGAGCAACACGUGGACGGAACUCAAAGGUUGGGCAUCCAAGGGUAACAAGAAGGGACUCUUUGUGGUCGGUGGUAGUUUCAACGGCGCAACGGGUAGGUACACACUUGCUCUCGCCGGAAUCUACUUCGUGUCUGCAAACGUGCACAUAACCGGAGACACAGGCUCGAUGACCCGCCUGUCGGUUGCCGUCAACGGUGUGGCGACCUCGUCGAACGGACUGACUGCUGUCAGAGAGAAGCCCACACAAAAGACAUACACUCUCUCAGUGGCAGGCUUGCUGCAGCUCGACAACGAGCAGAAUGUCUCCCUCCAGGUUUUAUCCGGGUCUUCGAGCAAGUGGUCGGUCGAGUCCACGAGUGAUUUUACGGUUAGCUUUGUGUGCGGCUCGCUCUCCGUUCCCGCCUUUGCCGUCAAUCUAGCCAAGCUAAAAUCGUUUGCCUCGUCAGGAUGGCAAGAAGUAAAAGGUUAUAGUGUUGCUGGUUCGACCGGUUUCUUUCAGUCUGGUGGAUUCAGUCUGGACGUCAGUAGUGGCCGCUUUACUGCCCCCAUAUCUGGAGUGUAUCUAGUGUUUGGUAACGCCGAGAUUUACCUAGGAAGUGGAGAUUUCUACCGUUGUGCUAUUGUCCGGAAUGCGAUCACCACUUCAGCGACGACCGGUUUGCAAUCGACUGUCGGUGAGCCGAAGGAUAGUCGUUUUACGUGUAACGUAGGAGGGUCUGUUGUUCUGAAGGCAGGCGAGCAACUAUCUUUCUGGAUUUACUCGCAGAGCGACACGAACUGGAAGCUAAGCAGUGGAACUUCGCUCAGUGUUGUGUAUGUCGGUCCGAGUAGUAUUGUUCGCAGUGUGCUGGCUGCUACAAGCACUGACAUUGUAGUCACAACAUCCGGCUGGAAAGAAAUGUCAGGAUACACAACAGCAAGGGAUUUACAGUUUUCAUCCAGCAGCACCGACUUUGUUCCCUCCACUGGCCGAUACACAGCUCCAAAACAAGGUCUCUACUAUGUCUCAGCACAAGUCAAUGUGCUUGGAGCAACAAGCAGUAGGUUCUCGAUGCGCAUAGCCGUCGACAGUGACACAGCAGGUGAUGGUCCUUAUGCAACCAAGAGUUCACCGUCGAGCAAGUAUCUCUCAUUGAGAGCGUCGGGGAUUGUGAAGCUCCAAGCUGGUCAAUACGUUUCGACGCACAUCGACUCUAAGGACGACAACAACUGGAAGAUUGCUGGUAACUCGGGUUUCUCCGUCACUGCUCUGUCUACAGUACCUGAGACGCCAGGAGCAAUAGGGUUUGUCUCGACUUCCAUAUACUACAGACAGUCUUCGUGGGUCGAAGUGAAAUCUUUGAAAUUGAGCACGAAAACGGGACUCUACCAGACGGGAAUCAGCGACUCCUUUACGACUAAGGGUCGAUUCUACGCUCCAACCGACGGAAUCUACUUCGUGUCUGCAAACAUUCGACUCGACUAUGCGACGGGUAGUUACUUCAGAGGCGUCAUUGCUGUCAACGGCAAGACAGACACGUCGAACGGCCUACACAGCCGAAGGGGGUACCCACCUUAUUACUAUUACACUAUCAACGUCGCAGGUAUAGUCUCUCUCUCCGCUGAUGAUUAUGUUUCCGUCUUUGUCCAAUCGAUCAGUGACACGAGCUGGUACUUGAGACCAGAGUCGAGCUUCUCUGCUCGCUUUAUGUCACACAAGCGCUCGGCAAUCGGAUUUUUGUCGGACGUUGUUGUCGACAAGAACUAUCUAGGCAGCACGGCUACAGGAUGGACAGAACUGGGCAACUGGCGGACGAACGGAAGCGCCGGUUUGUAUUCGUCGGGCGCCGGAUUUGAUGCUGCGACCGGACGGUAUACAGUCCAACAAUCGGGGGUAUACAUAGUAGCCGCCAACAUUGAACUAUCAAAUGCAGGUACGGGGACUUUUACUGUCCGGGCUGUUGUCGACCGAGAUGUGGCUAAAUCGAACAACGGGAUGGUCUCGGUCCGGCAAAGCACGCCGAACAAUUAUUAUACGUUUAGUCUGACAGGUGCAAUGUAUCUAACAAAGGGCCAGACGGUCUCCAUCUAUGCGCAUUCGCAGUACGACACGAACUGGAAGUUGAGCCACGAGAGCGGCUUCUCACUUGCUUAUCAUUCACCUUACAACUACGUUCCCGGAUUUCAUGCUGUGCUUGGAAGCACAAAAACGGUCAGUACAGCUUAUUGGAAGGAGAUCACAGGCUGGCAGAGUCCGAGUACGGGAAGCGGUCUCUUCAUGUUUUCGACUGACUUUGAUCCUUAUACUGGCCGCUUCACUGCUCCGUAUGCUGGAGAAUAUUUCGUGUCUGGCAAUGUUCGUCUCGACUAUGCUGCACAGUCGACGUAUCGAUAUUAUCGCUUGGUGGUUGUUGUGAAUGGAGUUCAGAGCUAUACUACAAAUAUUGUGCAAUCUGCGAGCAGUCGUACGCCAAACUCGCAUUCACUUGCGGCGUCUGGUGUCUUGCGAUUAAAGAAAUGGGAUUAUGUGAGUUUGUGGAUAUACAAUUAUUAUGAUACGAAUUGGAGGAUCAGCGCUGACACCGGGUUCUCGGUUGUUUUUAUGGGAGGGGACGACCAGCCUGCGAGAUGCCUCGACAACGGUCCCAAAUUCAUCAACCAUCCUCAAGCUGUCUCUAAAAAAGUCGGUGACGAUGUCACUCUUUCCUGCCGCGCUGUCGGCAGUCCCGCUCCAACAUAUCAAUGGACACUCGCCGGCAAAUCAAUAUCCGGGGCAACCGAGGCAAACUAUACUCUCACAAAUGUAACCAAGUCGGACACGGGCGACUACAGAUGUGUGGCGACCGUCGCAUCCGUAGUCAGCAAGACGUCAAACGCUGCCCGACUAACAGUCUACGAUCCCUUGCCGAAAUUCGAUAAAAGUGGGUAUGCGUUUAGUGUGACCGAGAAUGGAAGGCGUAAUCGCUUUAUAGGAUCAGUAAGAGCAAGAGCCGAUACUUCGACAGGCUCGAACCAAUAUCUGACAUAUACACUCGAAUCGGGUGACCCAAAACGAAACUUCACCUUCUCAGGAUACUCGACCAUUGCCUAUCUCUACGUAAGGGGAACGUUAGACAGAGAAAUCCAAGACGCCUUCAAUUUAACAAUCAAAGCCGUCAACCGAGCAGACACAACACUGUCAGCGACAGUAACAGUAACACUAACAGUCGUCGACGAGAACGACAACUCGCCCGCCUUCUCUCAAUCAUCCUACGUCGCCAACGUCACGGAGAAUGUUCCGAUAGGCACGACGGUGACCCAAAUCGCAGCAACCGACCCCGACGCGACGACCAACGGCAAAGUGACGUUUUCCUUCUUGUCGGGCAACACCAACGGCGCAUUCGCUAUCGACUCCGCCACGGGCUACAUUGUCACAGCAAAUGCGAUCGAUCGAGAGCGUCAGAUUGAUUACUUGCUCUUUGUCAACGCCGUCGACAGCCCGUCGACGUCGACACCGAAUUAUGACCGAACGUCGGUGAGGAUCACGGCUCUAGAUGCGAACGACAACGCUCCGACGUUUGUUACCGCCAGUUACAGCCAGACGGUGUCGGAAGGAGCCCUCGUGGGGACGGAUGUACUACAAGUGGCCGCCAGUGACGUCGACACGGGUACAAAUGCUCGGAUCGCCUACAGCAUAACGGCGGGAAACAACGGGUCGUCGUUCAUGAUUAAUCCGACGGACGGUAUUAUCACGGUGGCUAAACCACUCGACCGUGAGACGAUACCGUCGUAUAAACUGACGGUGACGGCGACGGACGGCGGAAGUCCGGCGUUGACGGGAAACACUCUGGUCGACGUCACUAUCUCCGACGUCAACGACAAUUCGCCGACGUUUAGUCUUUCUACGUAUCGAGCGUCGGUGAGGGAAAAUCUUUCCAGCGGUUCUACCGUCGUCAAAGUGUUGGCGACCGAGAAAGACACGGGAGUUACAUCCAUCAUUGGGUAUUCACUAGAUGCGAGUGUCGCGACGGAGUUUGCGAUCGAUUCGAAGACGGGAGAAGUGACGACGCUUAAGUCGUUCGAUCGCGAAGUCAAGGCUCGUUACACCUUCACCGUGUAUGCCGCAGACUCGGAUGCGUCACCCAGGACCGGAUCGGCAACCGUCGUCGUGUCUAUUGCCGACGAAAAUGACAACGUGCCGACGUUUUCGAAGUCCGCAUAUCGAGUAACAGUCGAUGAGACGAUCCAGGUCGGCGCUCGAGUUCUCCAACUGUCCGCCAGUGACGUCGACGGUGGCAAGAACGGCAACGUUACGUACACGUUCGCAUCCAAGAGCGACGAUUUUGUAUUGGAUUCGUUGACGGGAGUCAUACGUACGGACUCGAGUCUCGACUACGUGACCAAGUCGAGUUACUCCCUCGUCGCUGUGGCGACAGACGGAGGUGUUCCCGCCAAGACUGCGACGGUCUCCGUUCUCGUGAACGUCACCGACGUCAACAACAAUGCGCCGGUGUUUGGACAAGACGAAUACAAUGUGACCAUCCCCGAGAAUGUCGCCGUAAGAACGGUUUUAGUGACCCUUACGGCGACAGACGGAGACGCCGGAACGAACGCAAACAUAAAAUACUCGAUCGAAGGAGGAAACGUCGGCAACAAAUUCUACAUGAGUCCGAACAAGGGAGAACUAACGACGGCAGCACCUCUCGACUAUGAGACUAUAGACUCGUACUCGUUAAUCAUAGCAGCCACUGAUGGCGGAAGUCCGAGACAGACGACACUUACUCAGAUCGAAGUCGACGUCUCUGACGUCAACGAUAACUCUCCGGUCUUUUCACAAACCAUCUAUGCCGCUUCUGUCUCGAAUCUAGCCGUCAACCGCUCCGUCGUCGCCACCGUAAACGCGAGCGACGCGGAUUCGGGAGCCUACGGACAGGUCCGGUACUCAUUGUCGGGAUCGACCGACUUCGAAGUCAAUCCGAGAACCGGAGAGGUCUACACGACAGGAAGCCUAUUGAGUCAAAGUCAGACAAUUGUUGUAACCUUACAGAUCACGGCGACAGACGGAGGAAGUCCGGGGAGAAAGGGUCAGAGCAUCUUGACUGUAAAAAUCGUGUCAAAUCAAGCUUCCGUUCUCACGUUUUCCGUCGACACUUACACUGAAUCUGUAAACGAAAAUGCGACCAUCGGAUCGACCGUUUUACUUGUGCAAGCGACGUCGCCGGACAGCACGAUUCUCUCUACACUGUCGUACAAGAUUAAUAACCCGGCCGACGCGGCUCCGUUUCGGAUCGAUCCCAAAACGGGGGCCAUCACCAACAACAAGAGUCUGGAUCGCGAAGCGGUCCCCGGCGGGUACACCUUUAUUGUACAAGCCAAAGCGGGGAAACAAACAGCAUUUGCUAACGUCCGAAUUCGUCUCAUCGACGUGAACGACAACUCGCCGUCGUUUAGUCGCGCGUCCUAUUCCGCUCAGUUGCUCGACACGACGCCCGUUGCAACGUCGGCACUGCGACUUGCCGCCAGGGAUCCGGACGCCGGCACAAACGGUAGGAUCACGUUCUCGCUGAUUGGCGGAGAUCGAGGAGAUUUCACAAUCGAUUCGGCGUUGGGAACGAUUCACACGGCCGCGCGACUCAACGCCAGCGCCGCGUCGACGUACGUUCUAGUCGCAAAGGCGGCCGACGGCGGUAACCCUCCGCUCUCGUCGACGGCUCGAGUGACUAUCAAGAUCAAGGCAACCGUCAACCAACCUCCUCACUUUGCGACAUCAGUCUAUACCUUCGUCACCAGAGAGGACGUCUUAUCCGGGUCUCUAAUCGGAACGAUUCAAGCCUACGACCGCGAUGUGGCUCCGUUCAAUAAAGUUUCCUACAAAUUUCAGUCUACUUCUCAGCCGUUUGUGAUCGAUACGAACAGUGGAGAUAUCAGAACCGUUUCACAGCUGGACUACGAAACGACGAGCAGCUACACGUUGACGGCAAUCGCAACGGAUUCGGGGAACCCUCCGAAAACGGCUCAAGCAUUGGUCUCGAUUAUAGUAACCGACGUCAAUGACAACACUCCCGUAUUUAGUCCGUCAUCAUAUCAGGUCUCCGUCACCGACGCCUUGCCUCUCGGCUCGAGUGUCGUUACCGUGAAGGCCACGGAUAAAGACAGCGGAACCAACGGGCGACUCACCUUCACUAUAACAUCCGGGAACCUCGCCACCAAGUUUCACCUAGAUUCGACCACUGGCCUGCUUACACUAGCCGGAAAGUUGGACCGCACCGCAACGGACUCCUACGUUCUCACACUACAAGCUCAAGACCGCGGGAAUCCGUCGACGAGUGCUCAAUGCAUUGUCACCAUUUCUGUGGUUCAACCGAGUGCCCUCAAGCCCGUCUUCACACCCUCGAGCUACACAACUCAAGUGAGAGAAGACAGAUCCGUCGGCUCCGCCGUCGUGACCGUCACUGCCGUCGAAGGAUCAUCAUCGACCAGCCAAGCGACGGUCAUCCGAUACGUGCUCGACGGCGUUGGAUCAAACAAAUUCGCCAUCGACCCCAACACGGGAGCCAUAACCGUCGCACAGGCCCUCGACAGAGAAACGAUCGCUUCAUACAGUCUGGUCGUCACGGCGACCGACGGUCGACUGCCUCCCAACUCCGCCACCGCCACGGUCGUCGUCACCGUUGUUGAUAUCAAUGAUAACUCACCGGCGUUUAGCGCGACGAGCUACCAAGCUAAUGUCGUCGAAUCCGCGGGUGUCGGUACGUCCGUUCUUGUCGUUAAAGCGACGGAUAAAGAUAGCGGGAUCAACGGACGCUUGACGUACUCGAUCACGAACGGAAACGGAAACAGUGCGUUUACCGUCGACGCGACGACGGGCGUCGUUUCGACGCGGGCUCGUCUAGAUCGCGAGCUCAUACCGAAGUAUGUGCUGCGAGUGAGCGCGUCCGACGGAGGGACACCGACGCGGAGCACCGCCGUCCUGGUCGUCGUCACGGUGACGGACGUUAACGAUCAGGCGCCGUUUUUCAAUCAGCCCGUCUUUAACGCGGAGAUACGCGAAGACUCGAGUGCGGGGACAUCCGUCUUGACGCUGACGGCGACCGAUCAGGACGACGGAGCGAACGCCAUCUUGACGUACAGCAUCGAGUCCGAGGAUCCCUCGUUGCCGUUUGCCAUCUCACCGUCUAGUGGUCUCAUUGCCGUGCGCGGGAAACUCCGACCCGAGACUUACAGCUUUACCGCGGUCGCAUCCGACCGAGGCUCGCCGCCCAUGUCGGGCACGUGCGAGGUGGUCGUCACUGUUGUCGAUAUCAACAAUCACAGUCCCGUAUUUUUCGAAGGGGGAACGGCGUCGUAUGACGCAAUCAUCAGCAGCUCGAUGGAAUUACAGACGGUUGUGAUGACGGCGACGGCUACGGAUGUUGAUCAAGGAGACAACGGACGAGUGACGUAUUCUAUACAGCCGCAAAGCGAGGCCGAACUUCCGUUCAGUAUUUCUAGAUCGACCGGCGCCAUUUUGCUCGUUGGGAGAGUCGAGGACGGGCAGACGUAUCGGUUUGCCGUUGUUGCAUCGGAUGGGGGUGUGGAUAGCCUCUCUUCUUCCAUCGAGAUAACAAUUACUGUGAACGACGAAGCGUCUUCACAACAAGGACAAGUUGGAAAGCAAGGAGGAAGCGGAGGCGAUACUGCGAUUAUUGUUGGAGCGUCGGUGGGAGCUGUGGCAGCUAUUUUGAUGAUAAUUGUCGUCGCACUGUUGAUAAUGAAGAAACGCUUUUCCUUCAAGUGGAUGAGCCACGACGACGAUGUCAAUCUCUCAUCGUCUGUGGCAUUCAGCAGCGAGUCCCCCGACAACUUGGCCUUUUCCAACCCAAUCUAUUCCGGAACAGGAACUAACGAGAACGCACUAUACCAACAUCCAGAAGAAACCCUAACAAUAGAAACGAAGACAAACCCUCUCUAUUCAUCCAGCGAUGCAUUGGACUUGGCAAUCCUCCAAGCUGAUCUAGAGGUUUCUCUAGGAGAGAAUUUCUCAUCCACCAAUUAACUCAUUAAUGAACUAGAAACAAGACUUCGCACUGUUAUGUACCGUGAAUUAACUUUAUAUUUAGCUAAACAGUUUGCUGCCCGAUAUUUGUUGCAGUAACUAUGGCAACAUAGUUUUAUUUGUUUAAUGUUUGUUAAUAUUAAUUAUGUAUUUAUGCUAUUGAUAUAUUUACUCAAUGUGAGCAACAGAUUUGAUGUGGA